AUGCUACGAGGACUGCUAGUGCUCCUGCUGGUGGCUGGGAGCCAAGUGGAGGCGGCCACCCAUGUGAACAUCUCGAUUGCCCAGCAACCGGCCACAAAUCCCGCGGAUGUCAAGUACUUGGAGGGCAGUGCUCCGGCGGAACUGAGGGCAGGUCCCCAGAGGGACUCGGAGGAUCAGCAGUUUCAGCGGAUUCAGGAGCGACAGCAGCAGGUUCAGAUGGUUCCACAAUCCCAAAUGCAACAGCAACAGGUGGUUCAAACCCAGCAGCAGCAGCAACAACAGGGAACUCAGCAGUUGUCCCCUCGCCAGGGAUUGGGAUUGCAGCCCCCGGUUCAGGGUCAACCCAUGCCCAAGAACGGACGACUGCCUCGUAGGCGAAACCACAGCAGACGCCCCUCCAUCCACCAGCAGCCACCCAGUCCUCAUAGUGGCCAAUUCCGACAGCGCAACCAGCAGCUCCGCCAGAAUCAGGAGUUCGAGCGGUACAUCCAGUCCUAUCACAGCCAUGGACCCACUGUGGAGACGGUCUACGAGUCAUCGAAUCCUGCGCCCCAGCGCUACACCCAAACGAGCUCCGGAGUGAGUUCCUCUUCCUCCGUGGAAGAUGCUGCUCCCCAGAAGCUAGUUUCCAUUGGAGGAGGUCGUCGAUCCCAGCAGCUGCGCAUGUUUGAGCGCCAGGUGGCUGCUCCAGUUUCCUCCUCCCAGGUGCAAAGUGCCAAUGUGGAGGCGGCCCAGGACAGCAAACCCAUCUACGAGCCACCUCAGGCGCCCAUCCAAACGGCCAACAUUGCUCCCGCUGUGACCUCCAGUUCAUCAUCCUCGUCGGGAGGGGCCAGUUCCUCCUCCUCGUCGUCUUCUUCCUCGUCCUCCGGAGCUCCUGCUCCCUCUAAUCCUCCAGCUGAUCCUGGUUUCAAUCCAGCCACCAGUUACAAUCGUCCUAGUUACGAUCAGAAUGGAUUUAACUACGAGGAUGCCCAGGAGGUGGACUACCAGGAUCAGUAUCCCCCCGAAGUGAGUGACGAUAGUCAAGGGGGCUACGAGGAUUAUGCGGAUCAAUCUGGUUACCAGGGCGGUUCUGGCUACCUGCCACCUGCUCCUCCGAGGAGUUACUCUCCUCCCCAGCGUCCCCUGGUCACCAAGACCAUCCAGAUAGUCCAGCCCGCCUUGAAGGCCAAGAAAUACGAGGUUCGCCAUCCGGCCAUCCAAAAGGAAUUCUACGACAUCGAGGAGAGGGUGGUGAUCAAACCAGCUGGUACUUUGGUGGUGGAGCUGGAGCAUCCGGUGGCCAAGAUUCCCAAGGGAGAGACGCUCCUCCCGCUGGGUCAUCCUCAUCCCGCCGUGGCCUCUGCCUAUAGUAAUGGAAAUAGUGGACAGAUUCAGAGCUAUAACCAAAAUGUUCCGGAAUACAGACCUUCUUAUGAUGCAGCUUCAUCUUCUAAAGAUCAGCAGACCACCACCAUUGGCUCCAGUGUCACUACCAUGCCCUCCUAUGACCAGGCACCCAAGGAUGACUUUGUGGAGGCGCGUUUGCAGCAGCAGCAGCCACUGGGCGAUGUCACUGAUGGCGGCGGAAAGAGCUCACCCACUUUUGUGACCGGAGUAGAUCCCCAAGGAAAUGCAGUGAAGAUCAACUCCAAGCACCUGUCACCCAACAUGGUUCAGAGGGUCGAGCCUGAACAGGAUUACUCCCGUUCCGGUCAGCGGGUUUACCAACAGAGGAACAACUUCAAUAGGCAGCCUUAUAACGAAGAUGAUGACUACUUCUCCGGGGAGUAUCUGCCCAAUGUGAAUGCUGGUAAUCUUGAGACGAAGCCUGCGAGAUUGGAAUUGGCCGAGGAGGAGGAGGAGCGACCCACGCAGAUCAUCAAGCAUGAGCACAAGAUUCAUUUGCCUCCUUCCCAGCACAAUAUUUAUUUAGGUCACAAUCGUCAGGUGCCUUUGAAGGAACGGAGAAUCCAGGAGGUUCCCGCCCAGGUGACCGAAAUUAAACCCUAUCUGAGGAACCAUGUGGGAUCCACGGUGGUCUAUGCCAAAUCUCAGUCUCCUAGAACUUAUUACAAUCAACCCUCCAGGCAAAGAGUGGCCGAGGAGCUGGACUACAGUGCUCCCUACUCACAGAUGAGGUUCAGUCCGGCUAACCAGCAAUCCUCUAGGAUCGUGCAAUCCCCCCAAUUCAGAUACAACCAGGAAAGCAAGUCCUCUAGGCUGGUAGAGGCACCUAAAAAGGAAGAGGAACCCAAGAAGGAGCAGCAGAAUACCCACAUUCAGAUCCAAAUAGCCAAUGAUCAGGAUAAAUCCGCUGUAGUGGCCACCACAGUGACUCCAGAUUGCGAUAAAAGAUCAGAGAUUAGGGAGCAGAAAUCCCAGCGCCUGGUGGAGGCACCCAGUUCCGAGGUGACCGCCACUCAGGCCACUUCCACCCAAUCGAAACCCAGCCAACCCGAUGUGGAUGUAUCUCUAAACGGAGCCGCUGGGCAUCUGAAACCCAAUGAGCGGGUAAUUGCAGCCACUGCUGCACCCACCGAUGCCUCGGCCACCAGUGAGACCUUCCACAAGCGACGCAUCGUGGUCAAUCAUCCAUUUCAGACGGUUCGCGAGGUCGUGGAGCACGAACCCUUCACCAACUACCAUCAGAUUCAGGUGAAUGAGCCCGCUCCUCCUUCGCAUUAUCAUCAGGCGUACUAUCAACCAUCGCAGCAGACCCACGGGAGUCUGGUCCACUUCCAGACUUCCUCCACCCAUGGCAAUCUCUACUCUCCUUACGGAUAA